AUGCUGUACAUUAGCGACCCGAUGCAGCAUUAUACCACGUCCCAGUUCAAUUUGCUGAACAACAGCAUGGAUCAGAGCAUCGGCAGCAGAGCAGCCUCCACCAGCCCCUACAGCUCCGAGCACACCUCCAAUGUCCCAACGCAUUCGCCCUACUCGCAGCCCAGCUCAACCUUCGACGCCAUGUCCCCAGCUCCCGUCAUCCCCUCCAACACUGACUACCCCGGUCCCCACCACUUUGAGGUGACCUUCCAGCAAUCCAGCACCGCCAAGUCAGCCACCUGGACAUACUCCCCCCUGCUGAAGAAACUGUACUGUCAGAUUGCAAAAACAUGUCCCAUCCAGAUCAAGGUGUCCACCCCGCCGCCCCCGGGCACCAUCAUCCGGGCCAUGCCCGUCUACAAGAAGGCAGAGCACGUCACCGAAGUGGUGAAACGCUGCCCCAACCACGAGCUCGGCCGCGACUUCAAUGAUGGCCAGUCAGCCCCAGCCAGCCACCUCAUCCGGGUGGAAGGCAACAACCUCUCCCAGUACGUGGACGACCCUGUGACGGGACGGCAGAGCGUGAUGGUGCCCUACGAGCCCCCGCAGGUGGGGACCGAGUUCACCACCAUCCUCUACAACUUCAUGUGCAACAGCAGCUGCGUGGGAGGAAUGAACAGGAGGCCCAUCCUCAUCAUCAUCACCCUGGAGACGAGAGAUGGCCAAGUCCUAGGAAGGAGAUCGUUUGAGGGACGGAUCUGCGCCUGUCCCGGCAGAGACCGGAAAGCAGAUGAAGACCACUACCGAGAGCAGCAAGCCCUGAACGAGAGCGCAGCUAAAAACGGCAACGCCAACAAACGCACGUUCAAGCAGAGUCCCCAGGGCAUCCCAGCACUGGGGGCCGGCAUUAAGAAGCGGAGGCACGGGGAGGAGGAGAUGUAUUACGUGCCUGUGCGAGGCCGGGAGAACUUUGAGAUCCUGAUGAAGAUAAAGGAGAGCCUGGAGCUGGUGGAGCUGGUCCCGCAGCAGCUGGUUGACUCCUACCGGCAGCAGCAGCAGCAGCUCCUGCAGAGGCAGAGUCAGCUGCAGACGCCUUCCUCCUACGGUCCCGUCCUUUCACCCAUGAAUAAAGUUCACAGCGGAGGAAUCAACAAGCUGCCCUCUGUCAACCAGCUGGUAGGGCAGCCAGCGCAGCACAGCUCCGGCUCCGCGCCCAGCCUGGGGCCGAUGGGACCUGGAAUGCUAAACAGUCACCCCAUGCAACCCAACGGAGAAAUGAAUGGGGGCCACUCGUCCCAGUCCAUGGUCUCCGGAUCACACUGCACCCCCCCUCCACCCUACAACCCCGAUCCCAGCCUCGUCAGUUUUUUAACAGGAUUGGGGUGUCCAAACUGCAUCGACUAUUUCACCUCACAAGGGUUACAGAAUAUUUACCACCUGCAGAACCUAUCCAUAGAGGACCUCGGAGCACUGAAGAUCCCGGAGCAGUACAGGAUGAUCAUCUGGAGAGGUCUGCAGGAGCUGAAACAGAGCCAUGACUAUGGGGCCCAGCAGCUCAUCCGCUCCAGCAGCAACGCCUCCACCAUCUCCAUCGGCAGCUCGGGCGAGCUGCAGCGGCAGCGCGUGAUGGAGGCCGUGCACUUCCGCGUGCGCCACACCAUCACCAUCCCCAACCGCGGCGGAGCCGACGAGUGGGCAGACUUUGGGUUCGACCUCCCGGACUGCAAAUCUCGCAAACAGUCCAUAAAGGAAGAAUUCACAGAGGGAGAGAUCAACUGA